AUGAGCGAUGACGUUGCCAUAACUUUAAACAAUAAUUUAAUUAUGUUCAAUGCGUAUCUAUUGCUUAGUCACAGCAACGAUGUAUACUUGCAAUCGGGAAGACGGGGAACGGAAAAAGCUUUACAGGAACCAUUUUUGGUGCGCAAGAUGUGGGAGUCGGAGAUACGACCAAAAAAGUUACGUUUCAUGAUAUCGGAAAUGGAUCCUUCUACGUCGAUACGCCUGGGAAUUCGCAAUGUAACAACAAUCUUAUGGUUUGUGGUGACUGACACGAAAGCAACAGCCUCGCUCAAACGUCAGGCAAGAUUUAUAGAAUCUUUGGCGCAAUACCACGACGGCAAUGUGUGGGAUAAUACUAUCAUCGUUACCAAAGGCAACGUUAUUCACAAAGGCCCUCGUGAAGCUGCUAAAGAAAUAGCUCGAAAAAUUCAUGAAAAAAAACACGGCAAAAUACCUACCAUCGCCACCUUCAGCAACAUCUGGAAACCAUUACAUUUUGUCGAUUCGUGGAUAGAAAAACUUCUCACACUACUGGAUAUCGAAAAAGACCUUCUUGUGAAAACCAGUGAUUUUAAGAUUUUAUUAUUUGAAAGUUUGGAGGAUACAAAUGUUUAUGCUAAGAGAAAAUUCACAAGUGAUAAAUUAAACAGCCAUGGUGUUUUUAAAGGAUCUGAACCGGAACGAAUCCUUGCAAAGUACGAGUCAAUAAUGAAAGAACAUCUUGAACAUCCGAUAUCUCUCAGCUUUAAAAGAGUCAAGUGUUUAAGGUGUCCCGAAGAAACUGAUCCAAGGCUAGCCGUUCCAAAUUGUCAUAUGGAAACAGAACGGAUUCACGGCAAUAAAAAAUAUAUUCAUAAUGGCGAAAUUAUACCAAAACACACAGGUAAUCUUGCUCUUUAUCAUCCUGAUUCAAUGGAACAGUACCAUCCAAAUUCCGUAGAACUAGUUCAUACGGGUCAACCUUAUGGUGGCGAAACGAAAAAAGUGAUGGACAACAGUGCGGGUGCUUGGACUCUUCGUAUCGUGACUAUAGGUUUGGUAAAUCCUACAGAGACGGAGAUAAACGCUAUGCGCUGGGAUUGCUGUGAGAAAAAUAUAAGAUCAUCCGGAUGCACUUUGGUUUAUCGUUGUUGCAAAAAGAAACCAGACGACUCUGGUUGCUUGCAGAGAUAUAAGUGCUGUCAUGCUGAGGCUUCCCCCGGAUGCAAUUAUCGAUAUGAUUGUUGCAACCAAUCUUCCAAAAGUAAAGGGUGUGAAGAGCUUUAUAAAAUAUGCGAUCAUAAAGUUAAAGACGAUCCUUGUUUUCCUGUUUGUGAGGAUUGUGAGGAAGUGAUGAAUUCGAUUGGAUGUAGAGAAAUUUGCCAUCAUUGCAAAAAGAUUCAAGCUGAAAGUGAAGGAUGUGUCAAUACCGCACACACAUGGCUGUAG